GAUCCUAUUUAACGAAUAGAACCCAAAUGUGCUCCGUUAAUGGCGCUCUGUCGAGCACGAAGUUGGUUACAUGUGGAAUCCCUCAAGGUUCAAUUCUUGGCCCACUCUUAUUCUUAAUCUACAUUAAUGAUCUGCCUAACAGUUUGGAGUACUCGUCGACAAGAAUGUUUGCCGACGAUACGACUCUAACUGUAUCUGACAAGUCAAUUCAAGAUGUAGAGGUGUCUAUAAAUCAUGAACUUACCAACGUUAAACAAUGGCUUUCUGCAAAUAGAUUAUCUCUUAAUCUAGUCAAAACUGAAUAUCUACUAAUAGGAUCACGGGACAACAUAAAUAAUUUACUUGGUGCUCCAAAUGACUUUGUUGGUGAUACACCAAUUAAAAAGGUCGAAGAAGCAAAAGCACUUGGAGUUCAUAUUGACGAGUUUCUAUUGUGA